AUGGAAAGUAGUGACCGCGGAGGCGAAAAUUUCGAACGUAGAAACGGCUACAACAGAAGAUAUUGUUGCGUUGUUCACUGCUCCAACCGCGAAGGGGAUCUAAGCAAAGAAACUGGUGACUAUCUGACAUUUCACCGCUUUCCGGGACGGAAAAAGGAGACCGAACGCCGCCAGCGCUGGAUCGCCGCUGUUCGCCGCACACGGCAAGAUGGACAACGGUGGCUGCCGACCAGCAACACCCGGAUAUGCUCAAAUCAUUUUGUCGGUGGUGCAAAGGCUGACGAUGAGGAGAGCCCAUCCUACGUACCGACAAUAUUUCCAGAAGCAUAUCGGAAACCUGCAAAAGACAACCUUGCCAAGACUGCAAGAUAUGCGAGGGUAAUGAAAAGGCGGAACAGAUCAGUGCUACAGGGAAGUUACCGUCACGCUCAUGCGACGACAUCAGUCAGGCAACCUCUACAAGGGUCCCUGGAAAAUUACGUGGAUGACUUCAGCCAACCUCAGGAGGACUGGUCUGGGCUGUCUGACCUCUCUCUGCUCGAAUUCGAGUGCGCAGAUGACACUGCGGCAAACGUCCAUCACAUAGUAGUCCAUCCCGUUAGAGUCAGCAAACACACACAAGACACCCCAUCAGCGUCGGCAGAGCCAAUUCCAGGAGAACGAGCUUGUGUGUUCAGUGGUUACAAUUCCAUAAAGCAUGACCCUGAUAUCCUUGAAGACCUCACAAGUGUGCAGCCCAAUGUGUUUGCUUUGUUACUGAGCCUUCUCUCUGUGCUAAGGGUCCGCAGCUGUGAUAUUACAAUGGAGAAUGCGUUGUUACUUUUUUUAAUGAAGAUGAAGAUGGGCAUCUCCUUCACUGCUCUGGCAGCACUGUUCGCUGUGCACAGGAGCACUGCAUCAAGAAUAUUUUAUAGAGUGUUGGAAGUGUUGACCACGUCAACCAAGGGUUGGAUUUAUACACCGCCACCUGAUGUCCGGCAAGCUAUGAUGCCAGAAUGCUUCAAGCUACAUUAUCCAAAGUGUAAAUAUAUAAUAGACUGUACGGAGAUAAAGACAGAAACCCCAGCAACGGUAGAACAACAACGUGCCUUGUUUUCAAGGUACAAAGGGACAUUUACCUUGAAGUUUCUAGUUGGGAUUGUGCCUAGUGGUCAAAUCGCAUUUGUGUCUCAUGCAUAUGGGGGCCGCACAAGUGAUUCUGAGGUAACUGUUCAUUCAAAAUUUUUAGACCUCGUAGAGCAUGGUGACCUUGUCCUAAGUGAUAAGGGAUUCCCCUCCAUCCGCUCAACUGUUGAGGGAAAGAAUGCGAUCCUUGUCAUGCCGCCAUUUGCCUUAGGCAACUUGCAGUUCUCAAAAGAGGAGGUGGAGGAUACCUAUUGCAUUGCAAGUGUUCGUAUCCAUGUUGAGAGAGCAAUUCAGAGAAUCAAGGUGUAUAACAUCCUGAAUAACAGAGUGCCCGUAUCAUUGAUACCAAGCAUGUCUGACAUUUUCCACAUUUGCUGUGUGCUUGCGAACUUCCAGCCACCCAUAAUCAGGAAGUGAUGCCAGAAGUAA